ACAAACAACUUCGCCUUGGCAUGUGAAUCAAAUAUGGAUUACUCGAUGAAAUUUCUCGCAAUUUUUCUUAUCUCUCAGUUCUGCUGUACCAGCUCAUUACACUCGCAAACUUAUCACGGUAAAGUGUUUGUAGGUGAACUCUACCAGGUAUUAACUGGUGUAGACUGGCUAGGAUGUAUACAGGCUUGUCACGGAGACUGCACUUCUUAUAAUUUCUACCUGAAAGAAGGAGUUUGUGAACUGCUGGUUGCUCAGACGGAGAGUGAUGGUGGCAGAGGUGGGAUGAGAUUUCAAGCGCAAGCUGUCUCUCAAAAACUGCGCGCGGCGCCGAGGGAAAUGGAAGAUAUUGCUACCUAUGAAUUGAAAGCAAAAACAGUAGUAGUUGCAUCACCCGAGGUAUCGGCACUAGUCGAUACAACUCCGAUAGAAUCGACAUCAGUAGAUACAACUCCGACAGCAUCGACACCACCCGAUUCAACUCCGACAGUAUUGACAUCAGUCGAUACAACUCUGACAGCAUCGGCACCAUUCGAUACAACUCCGACUGCAUCGACACCAAUUGAAACAACUCCGACAGCAUUGAAACUAGUCGAUACAAAUCAAACAGUAUCGACACCAAUCGAGACGACUCCGACUGCAUCGACAUCAGUCGAAACGACUCCGACUGCAUCGCCAACAGUUGAAACGACUCCGAAAGCAUUGAAACCAUUCGAAACAAUUCCUACAGUAUCAACACCAGUUGAGACGAAUCCGUUAGCAUUGAAACCAGUCGAAACAAUUCCGACAGUAUCAACACCAGUUGAGACGCAUCCGUUAGCAUCGAAACCAGUCGUAACGACUUCGUUAGCAUCGACACCAGUCGAUACGACUCUGACAGCAUCGCCACCAGUCGUAACGACUUCGUUAGCAUCGGCACCAGUCGAGACGACUCCGACAGCAUCGGCACCAGUCGAGACGACUUCGUUAGCAUCGACACCAGUUGAAACGACUUCGUUAGCAUCGACACCAGUCGAUACGACUCUGACAGCAUCAUCACCAGUCGAGACGACUCCGACAGCAUCGCCACCAGUUAAAACGACUCCGUUAGCAUCGACACCAGUCUAUGCAACUCCAACAGCACCAGAAUUAACGACACCACUCGAUACAACAUCGACAGCGACGACACCAGUGGAUACAACUUCAAUAAUAACUGUGAAGCUACGACUGCAAUAUCAACUCACACAGGAGUGACAUGUUUGAAAAGAACAGUCAGCAUAAUCUGAAGAUGAUCUAGAUUAAAAUAAAUAGGUGAUUUGUUAAACUAUUUACAUAGCAGCCUACUAAUGUAUUCCUGGGUACUUUUGAGCAAAAUUGUGAGAAAAACUGACUGAAAAACUAGACGCUGCACCAGCGUUAACUCGGGCUACAAAAGGAAUCACCGAAAAAUGUAUUCUGCAUUUUGUACCUGCUGGUGAGCUGUUUUCUCGGAAGCUCGUAUAUACUUAAAAGCCCCGUGCAAACUGCGCCAGCACCAGCCAGCAUUGUUGGCGAAUUUCCGCUCGACUGACAAAGGAAAUGUCAAAAUGGGAAAUUGACUUUCUGACAUUUUCUCCGUCUUGUGGUCAGUCGAGCAAGAAUUCUCCGGCAACGCUGGUUUGUGCUGGCGCAGUAUGCACGGGGCUUUACGCCGUAUUACGGUGCUAGACAUACUGAGGAGUAUGGGAUUUAGCAUAACGAGACCGGCAUUCUUGUAAUAAAUUUGACUCUUUAUUGGGAUAAGACACGUUCGCUACUGAUAGCGAGCGAUUAAUGAGCGAUUAAAUGCUUGAGACACUGUUCAAAAUUGCAUACAAAACAAAA